UAUGUGUGCGGCUUCAGAAAUAAUAAUUAGUUAAAAUUCGAUUUAGUGAGAAAUAUGGAAAGAAGGGAUUUUGUUUAAUCAUGAAUCACCAUGGAUGAGCACCUAGCAUUCAACGGAAAAGCUGGGAAGCUCGAUGAACGUGUAUUUUCAAAGCUGAAAUUAGUAUGCCGGCCUGUUAAAGCCAGACAAGACACCGCACAACAAGGCAAUGAAACAACGCUUGUUUCACAAGUUGAUGUCCCGUUCUACAACACACGUCUGGUUUUACGCACGGUUGAAAAACCUUGGACGGGGGAUCUAUCUGAGGAAGAAAUAGAGAAUAACCUGGAACAGACAAUUCUACAUUACGCAAUUGUUCCCCAAGUGGCCUACUACAGAAAUGAACAGACUGUUAGCUUCGUCGCACCAUUCUUCGGAGGGGGGACUUUAGAUGAAGUAAUACAGAAAGAAAGAGAAAAAGCAGCAGAGAUCGCAACGGAAAUACCGUCUAAGAGAAAACCGGAAACAGCAGCGGAAAGACCGCAAACGCUAGAAUGGAAGGAUAAGUUACGAAUACUUUACCAAAUAUGCCGGGCCAUUGAAUAUCUUCAUCAGCCACCAAAAUGUGAAAGAAAACCUGUAUCCCAUGGCAACAUUUGCAUGCAAAACGUUCUAUUGGAUGAGCAGAAGAACGCCCGAUUGGUAUUUCUUGCAUCAAAUUCAGUGGAAGGAGGAGUUGGGGAGAAACAGUUUCAAGAGGACCAAAACAAAGAUGUACAAGCCUUCAAAGAAAUGGCAAAGGAAGCCCUUCAACAAAGUAGGAAGAAAGCAGCAUCAGAUGUUCUUGCAAAUAUAAAAAGGGCUGAUACGAUGACAGACAUGAAAAAAGAAUUGGAGUCGGGUCUUAGAGGAGAGGAUAUCAACUGGUGGACCCCAUCGCAAGACGAUGGAAAAAAGAAAGACAAGUGUGAGAUUUGCUGCGUAAAUAAGCCUGUGAAGACUUUCGACAAGCUAACACAUGACCGAUUCUGUGUUUCCAAAAUACAGAUAUGCGUUGGUUGUUUGUGGAACUGGCGAUACAAUCCAGUCAAGUGCCACUCGUGUGAUGAAGACAAAAUACGGUCCCCAGUCGGUGAUCGCUGGGGAGCCAUUUUCAUAGCGGGCACAGAUAAGAAGGAGGACAUAACAAAACGUUUUGAAGACGAUAUAGAAAAGCUGAAAGAUAGAGUCAUUACAAAAGCAAUUUUGAUGGGUGUAAAGGACAAUGUAGUCACAGUGAAAAAAUCUUCUACAACGUACGGUGAACAAUUGGAGAAAGCGUUCAGCAAGAUUGAUUACUCCAGAGAUCACCACCAUCGUAUUAGUUUAUUCGGGUCAUCAUGGGGAUGAAGGAUUUCAAUUAGACGCCAAUACGCUGAAAGACAGUGAGCUUGAACAGAAAUUCAAUUGUCUUAAACAUGUGACGAAAGUAAUUGUAUUUCUAGAUUGUUGUCACCCAAAGAUGCUUAAUCUGGGCAAAAAAGCGGUAUUACAGUUUAAUGCCGUAACAAGCAAACAAAAAGCUAUUUGUGGACCAACAGGUAGCCAGUUUGUAAAUGACAUUGUCAAAGU